UCAGUUUUGAUGAAGAGUUUGAGUCUUGAAUUGUGUGUGAAAUGGCAUCCGAUCGACACUUUAAUUAUGUGAAAAUAGGUCUGAUUGUUGUCCACGGGUUCUUUCUUGUGGUACUUCUGGUCUGUAUUAUCCUUUCAAUCGUGUCUUUAAUUGGUUUAUCUCAACAACAAUUCGGCAAAAUUCAAGUCCAAUCAGCGAAUUUUCAAUUGAAGACAACUUUAAUAAUAAUGAUUUCGUCUCUAAUCCUGUCUUUGGUUUCAUUGAUUGGUGUCAUUCGUGAAAACAAAUAUCUCGUCAUUGCCUUCACUAUCUAUGGCUGUAUUUCAGUGGUCUAUCAGAUGAUAAAUGCCAAUCUCUUCGGUCUCUUAGUUGAACUCCCGUUCCCUACACUGAUGGGAGUCUAUGGCUAUCUUAUUGUUCAACGAAAAGCAGACAACAGUCCGACAACUACUGACUCUUUCACGGCUUAAGUAUUGCUAUAAAUGUUUUUUAUUUGAAUUUGUUUUUUC